AUGGAAUUUAAAGUGAUCAGAGGUACGUGUUUAUUAAUAUUACUGCUAAUAAUUGAAACACGGCAAACAGAGGCCAAAGAAAUAUUGUGUUUAUUGGGUGUUGGUACCGAAACAGCAAUAAAAUGGAACAAAGUUUUACUCAACGAAUUGGCAGCUAAAGGUCAUGAUUUAACGGUUGUUACACCCUCAAUAUGGGAUUUGGAACAGGAAACAAAUAUCGAUUUUAUACAUUUAGAAAAUACUAACAAAUUUCUUAAACAACGUUAUGAAAUAAAAAAUAAUACUGAAAAUGCUUUGGAACAAAGUAAUUGGAAAAUGGUAGUCAAUUGGUAUGAUCAACACAUGGCCACAUGUCGUGGUAACCUAGAAUCUCUGGGUUUUUCACAAGUUUUAAACUUGGCCUUGAAGGGCAAGCGUUCAAUUGAUUUGAUUAUUUAUGAUGUGACUUAUGGACCCAGUUGUUUGUUGCAUAUAGCUCAUCUCUUUGGCCGCAUACCAAUAGUUGGUAUAACAAGUUCUACCUUAACAUCUGAUAUUUUAAAAAUCAAUCAGAAUUCAGUUUUAAAUGCUGCAUUAGAUCCCUAUGGAUUGAGUGAUUUUGGCAGGAACAUGAAUUAUUGGAAACGUUUGUACAAUUCGGCACUCUAUGGAUUUGAUUAUGCUUACAGCCAAUGGAUAGUAAGACCUGUUAUUGAAGGUCUCUGGUUUCACCAUGUUCAAAAUAUUAAUGUUCCAAAAUCUUUAAACGAAAUAAUGCCACGAUUUAAAGUUAUUUUAGCCAAUCAUCAUCCAGUAUUGCAUACUCUAACAGCUUUACCAGCUAAUAUCAUACCAGUUCCCGGUUUACACAUACAGAACACAUCUACCCCCAGCCUUACUACAGAUCUUUUAAAAUUUGUAGAAAUUUCAAAAUCCAAUAUUGUUUUAAUAGAUUUGGAUUUAAAGCAGUUGGGGGAAAUUAAUGUGCAGACCAUUUUGGAGAGUGUUCGUAAAUUUCCAAAAUAUAAUUUCAUUUGGAACGUUAAAAAUAGUAAAAAAGCAUUGAAAAAUAAGCCACAUAAUUUGUUUAUGGCAAAUAGUUUCGAAAAUCAGGAGUUACUUUCAAUAGCAACUAAUAAAAUUAAGUUUGUUGUAACAGUUCCUGAAAUAUUACCCAUUCAAGAGUGUUUGUACUAUGGUAAGCCAAUGAUCUCGAUCAUUUUAAAACCAGAACAAAGAUAUCUGGCCAAAAGAAUAGAAGAACAAGGUUUUGCCAUUAACCUGCAAUUGAGUGAUAUAGCAGCUACUCUAGCCUUGGCUUUUGAAAAAAUCUUAAACGAUAAAAAUCUUUUUAAUAAAGCCCACAAAUUACAGCACACUUUAAGAAACCCACAAAAUCCUUCUUUAGCUUCCGCUGUUUGGUGGGUGGAACAUUUAUUGCAAUAUCCACAAGCAAAUGAUCAUGUGAUCUCUGCGAAUAAGGAUACUUUAGGAGUUUUUGCAAGAAAUUCUUUUGAUAUUGUUUUGUUAUUCGAACUCUUGAUUUUAAUGUGCAUUAUCAACAUGAUUUUAGUUUGUAGACAGACUAUACAAAAUUUUAAGCAAAUGUCUAAAGCUAAGAGGAAAACCACGGAAAAGAAGGAGGAAAAACUUAAAAAGUUGAAAAAGGAGAAGAAAGAGAAAGCCAAGACAUCGUAGUUAUUAAUAAAUUUCAAAUAAAUAAAUAUAAAUACUUACUUGUUUAAACAAAUUUUAAAUAUUAAA